CUGGCUUCAAGCAGCUUGUUCUUUAAGUAUGUUGGGAUCCAGACCUUUUAGUUUUACUUCGGUGAUCUCAAAAACAGGAACCUCAUGUUUGCUGCUAUUCCAGUUGGUGCUCUCGGACCCACCAUGUGAAGAAAAUGAAAUGUGUGUAAACUAUAAAGAUCAAUACACAAACGGCUGGUAUAUCUGGUUCGUGCUGCUGAUUUUCCUGGUGGCUCUUCUCUGUGGAGUAGUGUUCCUCUGCCUCCACUGCUGGCUGAGGAGACCCCGAAUGGAUUCUCCAAGACGCACGAUGGCUGUUUUUGCUGUUGGAGACUUGGAUCCUGUUUAUGGGACAGAAGUGGCUGUGAAUCCAACUGUUGGAAUUCACCUUCACACUCAAAACCCUGAACUGUACCCUGCUCCAUGUUUUGGUACUGUAGGCCCCCCACCUCCAUAUGAAGAAAUUCUGAAAUCAAGCCAAUUUUAGUUCUGGAUUAUCAACUGGCAACAUUAGAAAUAUUUUUCA